AAAAUAUGAGCCCCUACUAAUUUGAAGAGCCUGGUUUUAGAAAUGAAUAUACCAUUUGAACGGUGAAGAUUAUUGGCAUUAUGAUAGGGAGGUCUAUCUUUAUCCGUUGGAUUCCGUUAAUAGAUUUCCAUCUAGAUAAGUGGAUAAAGAAGAUUGGAAGAACAGAUAGAGCAGAGCUACGAUUCGGAUUUCGGGCUCCUUUCUCUCUCUCUAUCUGGAACGAUCCUUGGAGUCUCAUUGGUUUAUGUAGAACUUAGAUUGUUAAGCUGUUUGUUCUGAAACUUUUUAAUGGCGUCAGUCCCCUGUUCCGUUCAACUGAACUUACCUUCGGCAACUUGUGGGUCGUCUUCUUUAAACAAGUAUGGUUCUCAAUUUUUGGGUGGACGCAGAGGGCUUGGAUGGUUUAGAGAGUGCAAAAUUGGUUCUAAAAUUGGACCCUGUAGCGGUUCUAGAGCCAAAUGUUGGUUUAAAUUCGGGAAAAGGGGUGUUAAUGCCGAAGAUGCUGGGGUCUACGGCAGCCAGACUCGUGAUGAUUUUGAUCGAGAUGAUGUUGAACAGUAUUUCAAUUACAUGGGGAUGCUUGCAGUAGAGGGUUCUUAUGAUAAGAUGUAUGCUCUUUUAAAUCAAAGCAUACAUCCUGUAGACAUCUUGUUGAUGAUGGCUGCGUCCGAAGGUGACAAGCCUAAAAUUGAGGAACUGUUGAGAGCUGGAGCCAGUUACACUGCCAAAGAUUCAGACGGCAGGACAGCACUUGAUCGAGCAGCCAGUGAUGAAAUCAGGGAAUUCAUCCUUGAUUUUUCAGCGAAGAAGGCAUGAUUUACAAUAUUUGAUGUAUUGUUUUUUGCUUAUCUCACAUUUAAUUUUUAGGAAUACAUAUCUUGUACCAUCUCUCGAUCUUUUUCAUAGAUGCAAUGAGAUUCUUAUUCGUGUUAUUUGGUGGGUCUUUUUGGAGGGAAAAAGGAGACUGAUCAUUUUUCAUCUCACAUCAAAUGUUUGGUGCUAAGGUAUUCCUCAGCAAUAAAAAAUUUCCUUAUUCUGUAGUC